AUUUUAACGCACGUGAAAAGCUGCGAAAAGCCGGUGUCUGGUCGCUUUAAAAUUUACCCUUUUCCGACAAAUUGCUUCGCUCGUACCCGAUGGCGAUGGAUCAAAAGGUGAACAUUUCCGUAUCUCUCUACCUCGACACGGCCGGCAACCUGUCCAAGGAGAUCGACAGCGCGUCGAAAGCGAACUGCAGCUCCGUCACCGUGCCCAUCGUGCACUGGAACUACAAUCGGGAGUUUGUGCGGGAACCGCUUCGCUCCAAGCACGGUCCCUUCACGCGCUCCGAUCUGUUGCUGUCCUCUACGCAAUGGUUAAACCGUGUGAUUUGUCGGAUCGGCGACAAUCUCGACCUGGACUCACCGGUCGACCACAUACAGCGGCAGGCGGAGCGUACCAUCCGGCAGGAGAUGUCCUUUGCCGAGCAUCUGGUGCAGAAUGGGUACCUUUACACGAAGCUGUCGAGCACGAACUGUGCCAACUUUGCCCGCACGGUUGGCUGUACCAUGUUCAAGGGAACGCUGCUGGUGGAAGUGCCCAUCACGAACCCGAAACUCACACAGUACGGUUGGCGGCGUGACGUGGCGGAGGAUGCGGACGCGACGGUGGAGAGCCCAUGGUGCUGGUGGAACACCUUCCGGUGCCAUGCGGACUACAAUCCGACCGUAAAGGUGGCCCUGGAGCUGACGGCGGACGUGCCGAAGCAGGAGGAAAUCUUCCGCUGGCUGGGUGAACCGGUCGAUGCGAUCGUACUGCCGGCUAACAUUUUCCUCACCAAUGCCAAAAACUAUCCCGUCCUUUCGAAGGCUCACCAGUCGAUGUUGAAUCUCUUCUACCGGACGUUUAGCUGCCAUUUCAUACUGAAGGCGAACCCGUCGGAUGGCCAUCUGGCGCAUUACGUGGACUAUAUCAAGUACACGAUACAGCACAACUACGUCAAGAAUCCGCUGCACGGGUACGAAGAUUUGCUCCAGAUCCCGCUGCAACCGCUGUACGACAAUCUGGACAGCUUCACGUACGAAGUGUUCGAGAAGGAUCCGGUCAAGUACAUUUACUACCAGAACGCCAUCGAACAGGCGCUGUUGGAUCGGGUGCCGGAGGCGGAUCGUGCCACAGCCACCACCAUCAUUAUGGUCGUUGGCGGUGGGCGGGGACCGUUGGUGCGUGCCGCACUAAACGCUUCGCAAACCACCAACUGCAAGGUGAAGGUGUACGUGAUAGAGAAAAACCCGAACGCGAUCGUGACGCUGACGGCGCACAUUAACGAGCUGUGGCGCGAUCGGAACGUGGAGCUCAUCUCGACGGAUAUGCGCGAGUUUAACCCACCGGAAAAGGCCGACAUACUAGUGUCGGAGCUGUUGGGCUCGUUCGGCGACAAUGAACUGUCGCCGGAGUGUUUGGAUGGGGCGCAGAAGCACCUGAAGGACAGCGGGAUCAGCAUACCGUGCAAAUCGACCUCGUACAUUAACCCGUGCUUCGGCUCGAAGGUGUUCAAUCAGGUGCGGCUGCUCGAGCGCAGUCCCCACUGGAAGGAUCGGGUCAUCUCCUCCCGCCACAUGGAGCAAGCGUACGUGGCGUAUCAGAAGAAUGCUUACCACAUCGACAACCCUCAGCCGCUGUUUGAGUUCGUGCACCCGAACAGGGAGAGUGACGAUCCGAUCGAUAACAACCGGUACAAGACGGUUCGGUUCCGUGCCGCGCUGGACUGUGUGAUGAAUGGGUUCACCGGGUACUUCGACACGGUACUGUACAAGGACAUUACGCUCAGCAUACAUCCGUUUACGCACACGAAGGGAUUGGCGUCCUGGUUUUCGAUGUUUAUCCCGCUGACGGAUCCGGUGCAGCUGCGCAAGGGUGACGAAAUUACGGUACACUUCUGGCGGUGCGUUGCCUCGCACAAGGUGUGGUACGAGUGGAGCCUUAGCGCGCCGGUGGUGACGCACGUGCACAACAUCGACGGACGGGGGCAACCGAUAUGGCAGUAGAUGGACGAUAUUUACCUCAAACAAGACAGUUACAAUCAAUCAAGACAGUGACGGGUGUUUCUUUUUACACGUUUUUUUGUUUCUAAAACUUCAAAGAAGUAAUACAAACUCUUGUUCUUAUAAAUGUAAUAAAUAUGACAUAAUUCAUGAUUAA